AUGUCAGCCUCAUACUUGAAAGGACUUUGUACAAGGUACAAGAAUCUACUGCUGAAGGAAAUGAUCAAAAGUAAGACAUUUCUUUCUUCAGAAGCUGAAGAAGAGGAUUUGACAACCAGGAUAAGGCAGAUUCAAUCUUCCUUGAGACGGUUAAAGGACUUUGGUGCUAAAUUAGAAGAAUCGAUGAAAGAACUUUCCAUUGCCUUGGAAUCAAAACAAGACAAUGAGUCUGAAAUUGAAAAAUUUACAGAAGAUAGUGAGAAGUUGUUUGAAUUGCUCACAGAUGUUACAGAGCGCUCAGAAGAACUUCUACUAUUGAAAAAAAAAUUGGAACAAGUGGACAUUCCAUAUAUGAAGACUGAAGCACCAAAUGACCCACGAAUAGACCACAUAAUAGAUCUGCAGACGAAAAUGCAGGAACAACUGAUGCAUUUCCAAGAACUUCAAAUUCAGGAACUGCAUAGAAAAGAGAAGAUAUGCAAAGAGAAAGAAACUCCAGUAGUUAAACUACCAAAGUUUGAGCUCCCUUCAUUCAACGGAGACAAGUUAAAGUGGAAAGAGUUCUGGGACUCCUUUGAAGCUUCAGUACACAAAAACACAAGGCUUUCCAAUAUUGAGAAGUUCAACUACUUGUAA